AUGGCGGAACGCAACCCUAGCCUGGGACCAGCAGCAACGGCGGCGGCGGCGGCGGCGGCGGCAGCAGUGCGUUCGUCAUGUGGCUGCCACGAACACUGUCCGCCGCGUAGCGCCCCCGUUGCGAACAUCACUCGUUUCGGCUACGCAGGACGGUGCGGAGCGGGGCGGAGAAAGCUGGCGGCGCACGGCCGUCUGGCCGGGUAUAUAGGGCUGGCAGCGGGCUCCAGCCACCAGACGACAGUCGCUCCGCUCUCCGCCACCUGCACGCCAACCAGCAGCUUCCGACGCCACGCCAUGGAGCCACAGACCUACCUGCUGGUGCUGGGCUGCACGCUGCUGAGCGCGACCCUCGCCUCGCCGCUGCCCGGCGUCCACGUGGAGGACCACGGGGAAGACUACGGCGGCUACGACGAGCACGUCAAGAUCGUCAAGAUCGCCGUGCCGCACCCGGUGCCGGUCCCCGUGCCUCACCAGGUGCCCGUCGCCGUGCCGCAGCCCGUCCCAGUCCACAUCUCGGUCCCGGAGCGCAUCGAGGUGCCGGUGGUGCGUACGGUGCAUGUCCCGGUGGAGAAGCCAGUGCCCAUCCCGGUGGAGAAGAUCGUGCCUGUUCCCGUGGAGCAGCCGGUGCCCAUCCACGUCGAGAAGCCGGUACCCGUGCCCGUGCACAAGCCCUACCCCGUCAAGGUGCCCGUCGUCAAGACCAUACACCACUACAUCAAGACCGGCGGCCACAGCAAGUGGUGAGA